CCUCCAACCCUGCAGCCCCCACAGGGGUUGCAGCAGCCACAUAGCACUGGUAGGACUGGUCUAACUGGUGAGAAGACUGCCCUUGGAGUCAGAAGGGCAGAGUUCCCGGCUCAGGUUUGGGGGAAGUCACUGCAGGGAAGAAAUGUAACUGUGGCUUAUUAAGCAUCUCCCAGAGACUGGCCUGGCCCCGGGUAGUUACAUCGGUGGCAUCAUUCAAUUUUCCUCACCCUCCUGAGAGGUAUCCUGUAUAAUUCCCCUUUCACAGAUGAGAAAACCGAUUCAGAGAAGGCGAAGAAUUUGCCAAUGACCCCACAGCUUGCUAAGGGCAAAGGCUGGCAUGGUGGCUGUGCCCAGCCACGCUGCCCCUGCGACCCUCUCAGAGUCUGAGCAAAGUGUGAUCGACUGGCUGGUUGAGUGGCUUGAAUGAGGCCUGACGGAGGACGAGGACGUGCGCGCCAUGCUGCGGGGCUCCCGUCUCUGCAAGAUCCGCUCACGGACGUGGCACAAGGAGCGGCUGUACCGGCUGCAGGAGGACGGCCUGAGCGUGUGGUUCCAGCGGCGCAUCCCGCGCGCGCCGUCGCAGCACAUCUUCUUCGUGCAGCACAUCGAGGCGGUCCGCGAGGGCCACCAGUCCGAGGGCCUGCGACGCUUCGGGGGCGCCUUCCCGCCGGCGCGCUGCCUCACCAUCGCCUUCAAGGGCCGCCGCAAGAACCUGGACCUGGCGGCGGCCACCCCGGAGGAGGCGCAGCGCUGGGUGCGCGGUCUGGCCAAGCUGCGCGCGCGCCUCGACGCCAUGAGCCAGCGCGAGCGCCUCGAUCACUGGAUCCACUCCUAUCUGCACCGGGCCGACUCGAACCAGGACAGUAAGAUGAGCUUCAAGGAGAUCAAGAGCCUGCUCAGAAUGGUCAACGUGGACAUGAACGACAUGUAUGCCUACCGCCUCUUCAAGGAAUGCGACCACUCCAACAAUGAGCGGCUGGAGGGGGCUGAGAUUGAGGAGUUUCUGAGGCGGCUGCUGAAACGCCCCGAGUUGGAGGAGAUCUUCCAUCGGUAUUCCGGCGAGGACCGCGUGCUGAGCGCCCCUGAGCUGUUGGAGUUCCUGGAGGACCAGGGCGAGGAUGGCGCCACACUGGCCCAUGCCCAGCAGCUCAUCCACACCUAUGAGCUCAAUGAGACAGCCAAGCAGCAUGAGCUGAUGACACUGGAUGGCUUCAUGAUGUACCUGUUGUCACCCGAAGGGGCUGCUCUGGACCCAGCCCACACAUGUGUGUUCCAGGACAUGGACCAGCCCCUCUCCCACUACUUCAUCUCCUCCUCGCACAAUACCUAUCUGACUGACUCUCAGAUUGGGGGGCCCAGCAGCACCGAGGCCUAUGUUAGGGCCUUUGCACAGGGGUGCCGCUGUGUGGAGCUAGACUGCUGGGAGGGGCCAGGAGGGGAGCCCGUCAUCUACCACGGCCACACCCUCACCUCCAAGAUCCUCUUCCGAGAUGUGGUCCAGGCUGUGCGUGACCACGCCUUCACUCUGUCCCCAUACCCUGUCAUCCUGUCCCUUGAGAACCACUGCGGGCUGGAGCAGCAGGCUGUCAUGGCCCGCCAUCUUCGCGCCAUCCUGGGAGACGUGCUGGUGACACAAGCGCUGGACUCCCAGAACCCCGAAGAGUUGCCAUCCCCAGAGCAGCUGAAGGGCCGGGUCCUGGUGAAGGGGAAGAAGCUGCCAGCUGCUCGGAGCGAGGACGGUCGAAUUCUGUCCGACCAGGAGGAGGAAGACGAAGAGGAAGAAGAGGCAGAGGCCACAGAACAGAGGCGGCGGCUCAUCUCCCAGGCCAAGCAGAUCUCCCCUGAGCUGUCGGCCCUGGCCGUGUACUGCUGUGCCACCCGCCUGCGGACCCUGCGCCCCAACCCGGUCCCACCCCAGCCCUGCCAGGUCAGCUCCCUCAGCGAGCGCAAGGCCAAGAAGCUCAUCCGAGAGGCAGGGAACAGCUUCGUCAGGCACAAUACCCGACAACUGACCCGUGUCUACCCACUGGGGCUGCGGAUGAACUCCGCCAACUACAGCCCCCAGGAGAUGUGGAACUCAGGCUGUCAGCUUGUGGCCUUGAACUUCCAGACACCAGGCUACGAGAUGGACCUCAAUGCUGGCCGCUUCCUCAUCAACGGGCAGUGCGGCUACAUCCUGAAACCUGCCUGCCUGCGACAGCCUGACACAACUUUUGACCCUGAGUGUCCUGGACCCCCCAGAACUACUCUCACCAUCCAGGUUCUGACUGCGCAGCAGCUGCCCAAGCUGAACACCGAGAAGCCAAACUCCAUCGUGGACCCCCUGGUGCGUGUCGAGAUCCACGGGGUGCCCGCAGACUGUGCUCGAAAGGAGACCAACUACGUGCUCAACAAUGGCUUCAACCCCCGCUGGGGGCAGACCCUGCAGUUCCAGCUGCGGGCUCCAGAGCUGGUCCUGGUCCGGUUCGUGGUAGAAGAUUAUGACACCACCUCCCCCAAUGACUUUGUGGGCCAGUUUACACUGCCUCUCAACAGCCUGAAGCAAGGGUACCGCCACAUCCACCUGCUUUCCAAGGACGGGGCCUCACUGUCACCAGCCACACUCUUCGUCCACAUCCGCAUCCAGCGCUUCUGAGAGCCGGACUGACCCACCCUGGGGUUGCUCGGGUGCCAGUCUACACCCCGUGGCGGAGGCUCUCUCCUCCGCAGUAGAGGGGUGGUGGGAGGACCAGCCCCUCCAGCCUGCUAGCCCUGCCCACUGGCUAGACUCCAGUCUCAACUGGGUGCUGGGGGGGGUGGCCUUGGCCCCUCCUGAGAACAGGCAUCAGCGCUUUCUCCUACAACCCUGGAGCCUUGAGAUGGCCCCCACUCCUUGGAUUCUCGGCCCACUCCCUCGUCGUGGCUCGUGAAGAGCGAGGCCUGUCGUUGCCAGAUUUGAGGAAGACACAUGAGCCUUGAACUCCUCUCUGCCCCCCCGGGGGGAGGCCAUCCCAGCCUCCUUCCCCCAGAGUGUCCAGCCCCCUCCUUGUCCCCCAGUCCACGCCAGGCCUUAGUGCCCCCGAAGGCCCUCCCCUGGCUAGGUUUUCCUGGGCUCCUCCCUCAAGCUCUUGAACCUGAGCUCCCUUCCCAUCUUAAGAAGGGAAAGCCGAGGAAACCUGGGAGUAGGUUUCAACUUGUGCCACAGAAGAGCCCUGGAGCAGACAGAACAAGACCAUUGGUUUAAAAAAAUAAAGAAGCACGGGCGCCUGGGUGGCUCAGUCAGUUAAGCGUCUC